AUGACGCCGUUAGCAUUGGUUAGCAUUAGCGUGCCUCUGGCGAUGAAGACGCGGUGCACGGGGAUGAUGUUCGUGGUGGCGCAGAGCAACGAGCCGUCGGUGCAGUUCUAUAAGCGGCGCGGCGCGGAGGACCUGUCCCAGGAGGAGGGCUGGAGGCUGUUCCGCUUCGACAAGGACAGCCUGCUCAAGAUGGCCACCCGCGCAGAGGAAUGA